AUUUUUUUGCACAAUUUUGUGGUAAAAAAGCAAUAUUUGCUGGUUUCUGACAUUGAUUGAGCUCUUCUUGGUUGCGUUAAAGACCAUCUGAGUUUCUGGGUUGUCAUUUUCAUUUUUGGGAUUGUAUGCCAUUUAAAGGAGCUUGAUUACUAUUAUUGAAAAUGAAUCACUGAUCGUCUACCUCUAACUUUCAUGGGUUUGGGAUGGUUUAUCUAAAGUUCAAGUCUUUGUUUUAUUUUGCUACUGUAAUUUUUGGCAAUGAUGCUCAGAUGGAUUGCUUUCUCUUUCAGUCUAAGAUUGAGCUUUGGAUUGGUGUGAACAUAAAUUAUUGUAACAUCUCUUUUAGCAAAUCCGAUAAGAAUAUACUCUUUUUGGAUAGAUUGUGAUUUUUCUGAGUGAAUAGAUGAUUUCGUGGUUUUUCUCCUUGUACGAUACAGAAGGCAAUGCAUAUUAUGCUACCUGUUCUGCUUCUUAUUUUGCUUUACGUCUAAGUUUGGCUGCCGGUAUAUUUGAAGGGACUCCAACUGGAAAGGCCUUGCGUCGGGUGGAUAGAUGAAAAGCCAUCUAGAGAUAUAGUUGAAGUUUAUGUUGGAUUGUGUACAAUACUUGGAAACAGAGGAAUAUUAUAAGCAUGUUCUUUGGACUCUUGAUGAUUUCCGGUUAUUGGUUUUCUUGUAUUCUUUUAAGAGGAUAAAGACCGUUAUUUGGUUUAAUCAGCUGCAACUAGUUAGUGCAUCUACUUGUAGGUUGUGGGGGUCAAGUAAAGAGUGAAACGAGUAAGCUGGUCUGUCAGAAUGGGUUUGCCUCAAGUUCCAUCAGGAAAUGUAGCUGAUGAAGUGUCUACUUCAGGGAGCUCAAUGGUGCAGAUACCCACACGGUUUGGUGGUGCAGGAAGCUUUGGUGUGAGCGAGAGGCACAUUAGGCAGUCAAACAAUUGCAUGACUGAUUUUCCAUGCUCUUCAUUUGGGGAACGUACAAAGGAUUGUGGUACGGUUAGUUUGCCUCAAGAUGGCGUGCCCAAUUUGCAAAAAUUGAGGAUUGAAUCUAUUGACAGAACUACCUUCUUGCCACGUCCUGGUGAAAAGAACAUUCAAACUCCUGCUUCAAGGAUUGUGGGUUUUGAGCCUAACGGGCUCAUGAACUGUACCAAUAAGGAUGAAGACAAGCAUCUGGGGUACUAUAACUUGCAAUGCAAAUGAGAACUCGAGUUCAAUGAUUAGGAAAAGGCUAUUGUCGCCUUUGAAUGGCUUGGCUCUGCCCAAUGAAUUUGGGGGUGAGCGUCUGGAAAUUGGGAACACAUCCUACCUCAAGGAUUUCCACUUAAGAGGAGGUAGUCAUGGCAUUACCCUGAAAGAGUAUAAAAAAGCUCACAUUGGUAAUUUGGACCACGGCAGUCCACCAAGUUGGUCUAUACCUAUCUUUUCAAGGAGUAGUAGUCUAUCAGAAGAAGAUUGUGACGUCAACUGCAGGAUCAUCACUGAUGGGCCCCCUUGUUAGAAAAUCAUGGAUAUAUGUAUCAAAAUCUCAUCUCAUCAUACAACAGUAUUACAUGUUAUAAUGGAAAAAUAGAGACACCCUCUAAGGAUAGAGCAGUGAGUAUAUCACAGGAUGCUCUAGUCUCCACUCUGUUAUCUCUAUCUCCUCUUGGACCAAGAUUUUGUGGGAAAAUAAGAAAUUCUCAAGGAUCUAGGGAUCCCAAAAGGGAGUUUGAUGAGAGCUGCAUAACAUUUAAAGAUGUCAAACAGUCUCUUAAAGGAACUAUUCCGAGCUUUGUGUCGUUUCAUAGGGAUGAGAAUGUCAUCAUGUCAAGCAGAGAGCUUGAACAAGAUGAAGAUUUCUUAUUGAAGUUGAUCAAUUAACACCGGAGAGUUUGAUAUCCAUUCACGGACAUAAUAGAAAGUUUACUACUCAAAAUGCAAAAAUAGGUAGAUCCCUGAGUGGAUUAUCAGUCAGAAGGUCGUUAGUUGGCUCAUUCGAGGAAUCACUGUUAUCUGGUAGGUUCGCUUCUGGGAUUGCCAACCAGAAAAUUGAUGGUUUCCUUGCAGUACUGAAUAUUACCGGAGGAAAAUUCUCACCUCAUCCACAGAAACUUCCAUUUUCUGUAACUAGUGUUGAUGGUGAUAACUACUUAUUAUACUACUCAUCUAUAGAUCUUUCUGUACAUUCCUCUUCAAACAAAUGUGAAUGUCCAGCACUGAAGAGAAGCCUCUGUGCAAAUGGCUCCUCUGAUGACAAAGCUCGCCUGAAAAUACCUAUGAAGGGCCGGUUGCAAUUGGUCCUUAGCAAUCCAGAAAGAACACCAAUUCAUACAUUCUUCUGUAACUAUGAUUUGAGUGACAUGCCUGCUGGCACAAAGACAUUUCUCAGACAAAAGGCCACUUUGGCUGUUGAUAGAGGUGGACAGAAAGAUUCUGGUGCAACGAAUGAGGGAUCAGUCCCCACGCUUUCUGUAUCAGGUACCGGUGUUCUGCGUUAUGCGGUACAUCUCCGUUUCAUUUUCCCCCACUCGAAGAAGAGCUUAAAAAAUUGUAUGAAAUCUAAAUCCGGCCCAUCCUCCCUGCCGUCAAGUAACAACAUGGAUUGUCAAGGAGAACGCCGGUUUUACUUGUAUAAUGAGAUGAGAGUCGUGUUCCCUCAGCGCCAUUCAGAUUCUGAUGAGGGCAAGUUGCAAGUGGAAUAUGAUUAUCCAUCGAAUCCUAAGUAUUUCGACAUCAGUCAAUAACAUCCUUGUUUCCAUGAUUUCCCGAUUCCAGUAUAUAUUUCUUUGUACAUACAUGAUAGUUGCCGUAGAUGCUGCUAAAUGGGUCACCAAAACCCACAUCACAUGUAAAUUCAUGCCAAUAAUAUGUUGCUUGUGUUGUACAAACUGCACAUUCAACAUCUAUUUAUCCACAAAAUAAAUUUAUGUUGGAUUGUGAUAUUGCCA